UAUAAAGUGUGGUCAGCGAGCCUGGUCAUCACUUACUCCUCCACCACUGAUCCAUCAUGAACGCUUACUUGGUAGUCCUCCUGGGUGUGGCCGCCCUGGUCGCCGCCCGCCCAGACUUCAGCCUGGAGGACAUCCACCAGGACCAAGUCAUAGGCAAGGACAACACCAUCACCGGCUCCUACAGCUGGACGUCUCCUGAAGGCGUGGAAUACUUUGUCAAGUACAUCGCUGACAAAGACGGUUACCGCGUCCUGGAGUCCAACGCCGUCCCCGUCACCGCUGACGGCGUCAAGGCCGACGGUAGACAGGGAUCCUUCGUGUCCUCUGAGGAAGACGACGACGACAGGAAGUAAACAAACUCCUGAGGACGUUCUCGCUUGAUCACUCUGGCCAAGAUCCUGAUUGUUGCUGAGUUUACCAGACUUGAGUGUGAGUGAGAGAGUAUGAGAGAUGGUUCCUGUCCCCUCACUCUCACCUCACACUCCUCACCUUCCUCAUCAUUGUUCUGGGUUCCUGUUCACCAUUAAUUUAUUAUUUCCUUCAGACCUUUGUCUGAAAAUAUUUAUUUACCCCAAAUUCUGUUUAAGUAAAUAAAAUUGAAAGAGUAAAA